UAUUAGACGGAGUGUUGGACAGGUAUUAGGCGGACAGUUGGACAGGCAUUUGGCGGACUGUUGGACAGGUGUUAGACGGAGUGUUGGACAGGUAUUAGACGGUGUUGGACAGGUAUUAGAGGGACACUUGAGAGUGACUUGAGGUGGAGAAUUACAUCCUGUACCCAUUGAUUACCAACCACAAGCAACUUGCUGCCCGGUCCCACUGCUGGACCACUGACCACAGGCAACAUCUUGGCCAGUCCUACUGCUGGACCACUGACUACAGGCAACAUCUUAGCCAGUCUUACUGCUGGACCACUGACCACAGGCAACAUCUUGGCCAGUCCUACUGCUGGACCACUGACCACAGGCAACAUCUUGGCCAGUCCUACUGCUGGACCACUGACCACAGGCAACAUCUUGGCCAGUCCUACUGCUGGACCACUGACCACAGGCAACUUCUUGGCCAGUCCCACUGCUGGACCACUGACCACAGGCAACAUCUUGGCCAGUCCCACUGCUGGACCACUGACUACAGGCAACUUCUUGGCCAGUCCCACUGCUGGAUCACUGACCACAGGCAACAUCUUGGCCGGUCCUACUGCUGGACCACUGACUACAGGCAACUUCUUGGCCAGUCCCACUGCUGGACCACUGACCACAGGCAACAUCUUGGCCAGUCCUACUGCUGGACCACUGACCACAUCACACUCAGUUCCACCGACAGCAAAGUUUCACUCACGGACCAUUGAGAAUGGAUAACGACAAACCAGAGGAGUGUAAAGUGUGCUUUAACAAUUAUGAUGAAGAACUUCGACGACCACGCAAUCUGCCAUGUGGUCACACAUUCUGCUCACAGUGUAUUGAAGAUACAAUUAAGAAUGCUCAGCUCACCUGCCCCAGCUGUCUUGCUGAGCACAGUGCCACAGAUGCUACUCAGUUCCCGAUCGUCUAUGCUAUGGAGGCUGUUAUAAAGAAACUCAGAAGUAUCCAGGUUACAUCAGUGGGAACAGUGUCAACAAAAUGUGGUCAAGACCGCACAAGAGGCAUCAGCAAGAAGUUACGGUCUUUGGUACAGGAACACAAGAGCAGUAUCAGUAACCUUAUAAGUGAGUGUGAAGAAGCACUGUCCCAGCUGAGCAAGUACCAGGGACAGGUGAGGGACUGGAAAACCCAGCAUCACCAACUGCAGGACAGACUCUAUGAUCUGCUGGAGGAGAACAAGGCAGCAAUAAAGCUCCUGGAACAGGAGGAUACCAGUGUGCUGACUAUGACAACAGAAGGAGAGGCAGGAAAGAAGCAGCUGCAGACCAUGCUGGAGAACCUCAACACAGUCAACACUGCACAGGAGGUCUUCACAACCAUUGAUGAAGCUGAUCACUACAAUGUGGAGGUUGAAGAUUGGAUCCAGAAGUGUCAGGAACUCUUCCCAGAUGUUAACACUGUCUACACCUCAGUAAAAGUACAGGAGACCAUUAAGAAGGUCCUGGACACCAUCACCACAGAGACAGGUGCCACAGCUGCCCCCGAUCUCCAGGGAGACUCAGCUGCCACCGUCAUGGAGAAAGUCAAGAUAAUUACUGGUGAAAUCCCUCCAGAGACAAUAACUGUAAGUUGAAAGUCUUUGUUUCUU